AAUGGAAAGAAUUGAUGCAAUCCCUGACUUUUGUUGAAGGCGAGCAUGUAUUGUACUGCCACAGUCUCCUACGCACAUAAUCCCCUCUCUCUUCUCUCUCACACACACCAGAUCUCUUUCUCUCUCCACUCUCCAUACACGAUGAUCAAUCCACAAUAAAACCAGAGGGAGAGAAUAUAUAUAUACAUAUUAUAUACAACAGUACAACACACACACACAUAUAUAUAUAUAGAUAUAUAUAUAAGCAGUACUCACACACACAGAGAAGGAAACCUAGACCAAGCUGCGGAGCUCAAUAAGCAAUGAAACACCAUCACUAUGCUCAAAACGACGUCGCCGUCUCCUCAUCGGACUCCGCCCCGGACUCCGUCGCGGCGCCGCCCUCCUCCAGCCGAGCAUCGGAGAAGCUCUCCACGGCGGUCGAGGAUCCGCUGCGCGACCACGCCGCCGCCGCCGCCGCCGAUUCCGUCGUCGUCGAGCGGCGCGGCGACUGCUCCGCCCUCUGCAAAUGGACAAUCGCCAAUUUCCCCAGAAUCAAAUCGCGGGCGCUAUGGAGCAAGUACUUCGAAGUCGGGGGUUUCGAUUGCCGCCUGCUAAUCUACCCUAGAGGUGAUUCCCAGGCGUUGCCUGGAUAUCUGUCUAUCUAUUUGCAAAUUAUGGACCCUAGGAAUACAGCUUCGUCCAAGUGGGAUUGCUUCGCGAGCUAUCGCCUCGCCAUUGAUAAUCUGUCGGACUCCUCAAAGUCAGUGCACCGCGACAGCUGGCACCGGUUCUCGUCGAAGAAGAAGUCGCACGGAUGGUGCGAUUUCGCCUCGGUUAACUCUCUGUUAGACCCCAAGGUUGGGUUCCUGCAUUUAUCGAAUGAUUGCAUUCUCAUAACCGCGGAUAUACUGAUACUUCACGAGUCGUUUUCUUUCUCGCGUGAUAAUUACGAUUUGCAGGCGAGUAAUGUGUCUAAUCUGGGCGGGGGAGGGGUUGUAGGGCCCGUAGUUGGGGAUGUUUUGAGCGGUAAGUUCACUUGGAAGGUGCAUAAUUUUAGUCUGUUUAAGGAGAUGAUUAAAACGCAAAAGAUAAUGAGCCCGGUGUUUCCAGCUGGUGAGUGUAACUUGCGGAUUAGUGUGUAUCAGAGUAUAGUGAAUGGUGUGGAGUAUUUGUCCAUGUGUUUGGAGAGCAAGGACACGGAGAAGAACGCAUUGAUGUCCGACAGGAGUUGUUGGUGCCUGUUUAGGAUGUCCGUGUUGAAUCAGAAGCCGGGCAGUGGUGCAAACCACAUCCAUCGUGAUAGUUAUGGGCGGUUUGCUGCUGAUAAUAAGAGCGGGGACAACACGAGUUUAGGGUGGAAUGAUUAUAUGAAGAUGUCGGAUUUUAUAGGCCCUGACUCUGGUUUUUUGGUGGAAGACACAGCAGCGUUUAGCACAUCAUUUCAUGUUAUUAAAGAGUUGAGCAGUUUCUCAAAGAGUGGGACUUCGAUUGGUGCGAGAAAUGGAGGGAAUGCACGGAAGUCGGAUGGGCAUAUGGGAAAGUUCACCUGGAGAAUUGAGAACUUCACCCGAUUGAAGGAUCUUUUGAAAAAAAGGAAGAUUACUGGGCUUUGCAUUAAGAGUAGGAGAUUUCAGAUUGGUAACCGGGAUUGCCGCCUUAUUGUUUACCCCAGAGGGCAGUCUCAGCCUCCAUGCCACCUCUCAGUGUUUCUUGAGGUUACAGAUUCACGAAAUACUAACAGCGAUUGGAGUUGUUUUGUCAGCCAUCGUCUGUCAGUCGUGAAUCAAAGAAUGGAAGAAAAGUCCGUUACUAAAGAAUCUCAAAAUCGCUAUUCAAAAGCUGCCAAGGACUGGGGUUGGCGUGAGUUUGUGACACUCACUAGCCUCUUCGAUCAGGAUUCUGGAUUUUUAGUCCAGGAUACUGUAGUCUUCUCUGCUGAGGUUCUUAUUCUGAAAGAGACGUCCAUAAUGCAGGACUUCACCGGCCAAGAAGCUGACUCAGGAAGUACUCAUGCUCAAGCAGAGGGAAUGGAGAAAAAGAGUUCAUUCACAUGGAAAGUGGAGAAUUUCUUGUCCUUCAAGGAAAUUAUGGAAACUAGAAAAAUAUUUAGCAAAUUCUUUCAAGCUGGUGGAUGUGAGCUUCGGAUUGGAGUUUAUGAGUCCUUUGACACCAUAUGUAUAUAUUUGGAGAGUGAACAAUCAGUUGGCAGCGACUCUGAGAAGAACUUUUGGGUCAGAUACAAGAUGGCUAUUGUGAAUCAAAGGAAUCCAUCUAAAACUGUUUGGAAGGAGUCUUCCAUUUGUACAAAGACAUGGAACAAUUCUGUUCUUCAAUUUAUGAAGGUAACUGACAUGCUAGAACCUGACGCAGGAUUUCUGAUGCGCGAUUCUGUUGUGUUUGUAUGUGAGAUCUUGGAUUGCUGCCCAUGGUUCGAGUUUUCAGACCUCGAGGUUUUAGCUUCUGAAGAUGAUCAAGAUGCCUUGACAACUGACCCUGAUGAACCCAUUGAUUCUGAUGAUAGUGAUGGUUUAAGUGGGGAUGAAGAAGACAUCUUCAGAAAUCUUCUGUCCCGGGCUGGGUUUCACCUUACAUAUGGAGAUAAUUCUUCUCAACCUCUGGUUACUUUAAGAGAGAAACUGCUCAUGGAUGCUGGAGCAAUAGCUGGUUUCCUGACUGGACUCCGUGUUUAUCUUGAUGACCCUGCAAAAGUGAAGCGCUUGCUGCUUCCUACAAAGAUUUCGGGCAGUAAUGAUGUAAAGAAAAAUAAUACGAAUGAUGAGUCUUCACCUAGUUUGAUGAAUUUGUUGAUGGGAGUCAAAGUUUUACAACAAGCAAUUAUUGAUUUAUUAUUAGAUAUUAUGGUUGAAUGUUGCCAACCUUCAGAGAGUAGUUCAAGUGAAGAUUCCUGCUAUAAUAGCUCUAAACCUUCUCCAGAUGGUAGUGGUGCAAUCAGUCCACUGGAAUCUGAUGGAGACAGUGGAGUGACAGAAUCUGGGGAGGUUUCUCUGGGGGAGAGAUUAAACCUAGGAAUUGGCGAGACUACAAAUUCAUCUGCUGUACAAAGCUCUGAUCUUACUGUGAGUAAUUUGCAUGCAAAACCAGUUCCUGGACAACCUACUUGUUCGCCAGAGACAUCUGCGGCUGGUUCGCUUGAAACUCCCUCUCUUCGGUCCAAGACGAAGUGGCCAGAGCAGUCAGAGGAGCUUCUUGGGUUGAUUGUGAAUUCCUUGAGGGCUCUUGAUGGAGCUGUUCCACAAGGUUGUCCGGAGCCAAGAAGGCGGCCGCAAUCUGCUGAAAAGAUCGCUCUUGUACUGGAUAAAGCACCCAAGCAUCUUCAACCAGAUUUAGUUGCAUUGGUUCCAAAGUUAGUUGAGCAUUCAGAACAUUCACUUGUUGCUUGCGCACUUUUAGAUCGGCUGCAGAAGCCUGAUGCAGAACCUGCAUUGCGUUUGCCGGUUUUUGGAGCACUCAGUCAGUUGGAAUGUAGCAGUGAAGUAUGGGGACGCGUUCUUUUUCAAUCACUGGAGCUUUUGGCUGAUUCUAAUGAUGAACCUCUUGCUGCCACAGUGGACUUUGUAUUUAAAGCUGCUUUGCAUUGCCAACAUCUUCCUGAAGCAGUAAGGUCUGUACGAGUAAGAUUAAAAAAUUUGGGCACAGAUGUCUCUCCAUAUGUCUUAGAUUAUUUAAGUCGGACAGUAGCUAGUUGUGCAGAUAUUGCGGAAUCUAUUCUUAGAGAUAUUGACUCCGAUGAUGAUUCUGGUGAUGAUUUCUCACCAACCCAUCAUGGGCUUUUUAUAUUCGGUGAAAGCAGUCCUAAGUCUGAAAGACUACACUCAGGGGAAGCUCCUCCUGCAUUCUAUGGUAGUUCUCAUUUUUCUGAUGUGUAUAUUUUAGUUGAGAUGUUAUCCAUACCAUGUCUUGCGGUUGAAGCUGCUCGAGUCUUUGAGAGAGCUGUAGCUCGAGGGGCUUUUGGUCCCGAGUCUGUAGCUGUGGCUUUGGAAAGACGGUUUACUAGAGCAUUGAAUUUCACUCCCCAGUAUGUUGCUGAGACUUUUCAGCAGGCUAAUGCUGUCAUGGAAGGGGAAGCCAUUGAGCAAAUGAGAGCGGAACAAGAAGAUUUCAAUUCCAUUCUUGGUCUUGCCGAGACAUUGGCACUUUCCGGAGACUCACGGGUGAAAGGAUUUGUUAAGAUUCUUUAUACUACGCUGUUCAAAUGCUUUGCUGAUGAGCCUCAGAGGUUGAGGUUGCUAAAAAGGCUUGUCGAUCGUGCUACAACAACUGCAGAUGCUAGCCGUGAUGCUGAUUUAGACAUGGAGAUUUUGGUGAUCUUAGUGUGUGAGGAGCAGGAAACAGUAAGACCAGUUUUGAACAUGAUUAGGGAGGUUGUUGAACUUGCAAAUGUUGACCGAGCGGCACUUUGGCAUCAAUUAUGUGCAAGUGAAGAUGAUAUUCUUCGUACCCGUGAAGAAAGAAAAGCUGAAAUUGCUAGCAUUUCUAAAGAAAAAACUGUUUUAUCUCAAAGGCUAACUGAAUCCGAGGCCACGAAUAGCCGUCUAAAGUCUGAAAUGAGGGCUGAGGCGGAUCGGUUUGCCCGGGAAAGAAAAGAGAUGAUAGAGCAGAUGCAGGAAGUUGAGACUCAACUCGAGUGGGUUCGCUCAGAAAAAGAUGAUGAAAUCACGAAACUUACGACUGAGAAAAAGGUUCUUCAAGAUCGUCUCUAUGAUGCAGAAUCACAACUCUCCCAAUUUAAAUCUCGGAAACGUGAUGAAUUGAAGAGGGUAAUGAAGGAGAAAAAUGUUCUUGCUGAGAGAUUAAAGAAUGCAGAAGCAGCACGAAAAAGAUUUGAUGAAGAGUUGAAGAGAUUUGCCACAGAAAACGUGACUCGAGAAGAGAUACGACAAUCACUAGAGGAUGAAGUUCGUCGGCUAACACAAACAGUGGGGCAAACAGAAGAAGAGAAGCGCGAGAAGGAGGAACAGGUUGCUCGAUGUGAGGCAUAUAUCGACGGGAUGGAGUCCAAAUUACAGGCCUGCCAGCAAUAUAUCCAUCAUUUAGAGGCUCAACUUCAGGAAGAAAUGUCGCGGCACGCCCCUCUAUACGGUGCUGGUUUGGAAGCUUUAUCGAUGAAAGAACUCGAGACAAUAUCUCGAAUCCAUGAAGAAGGGCUGAGGCAGAUUCACGCCAUCCAACAGCGUCCAGCCGGCACUCCUCUUGGAUUGUAUCCUCCUCCAAUGGCUGUCGGGUUGCCGCCUCCUCUUAUACCCAACGGGCACGCGAAUGUCAACGGCACCGUUGGACCCUGGUUCAACCACUAGACCACGAUACGCGAUGAGUGUCGAGCAGGCCAUCGUCGCGAUUCCUAUUUUUCAAGUUCGUUUUCUUUUUCUUGGCAUUUUUUAGAGCAUGAGAAAUUUCAUGCCGAUGGCAACCUGAGCAUACUAAUUGAAUGCAUUGGGCAUCUACACUUGCAAAUGCCUUGUUUUAGUGUUAAGCUCUCUUCCUUAAUCCAAAAGGCUUUUAGAGACUAGUAAUAUUAAUAGAUGUCAUACCUCAAAUCUCUUCAUUGAGAAAUCUCAAGUUUUGAUCACAUAUCAAUUUAUGUCCCAAUUUUGACAUUCGAACAUUUAAUAUGACCAAUCUUUCGACAUUUUCA